CCAGCUUUUCCAGGCAAGAUCCAUGGAUUUCUGCUCCUUUCUGUUUGCAGAGGAGGAAAAGAGCAUUCAGUUCCUAGCUUGAUCUAGGAGAAAAGGAGAAUUCAGGAAAAUAUUGCAGACUGAGAGCUGAACCUACAGUUCUUCCAGAAAAAAUAGGAUGAGCAAAACUGGAUUGGUGCCUUAUUUGUUUAGAAAGACUAUGGAUAGAGACACAGUCCCUCAUUUGAGCUGUUUGUGCACUGUCCUUUUGGUGCUCAUUUGGAGUGGCAUCUCACAUGCUCAGAAGGAUUGUACAGGAGUGGAGUGCCAGCAACUGGAGAACUGUAUUGAAGAGGUGCUUGAGCCUGGUGAAUGCUGUGCCUCUUGCUUGCAACAUGGUUGUACUUGUGAAGGCUACCAGUACUAUGACUGUGUCAACGUGGGAUUUAUGAAUGGCAAAGUACCUGAAGGGCAAUCUUAUUUUGUGGACUUUGGAAGCACUGAAUGCUCGUGUCCCAAGGGAGGGGGCAAGAUCAGCUGCCAGUUUAUGCUUUGCCCUGAGUUGCCCCCAAACUGUAUUGAUGCUGUACUACCAGCUGAUGGCUGCUCUCAGUGUGGAAGAAUAGGCUGCCUCCAUGAAGGUCAGAAGUAUGUAGCAGGCCAUACGUUCCAUAUUCCUCCAUGCAAGGUUUGCCAUUGCCCAAAUUCUGGAGGUGAACUCAUGUGCUACCAGCUCCCAGACUGUGGUGCAUCCACAUUAAAUCCUCAGAGCCCAACGGAUACCGAAGAGAAUGAACCGGAGAGGCACUAUGAUGAUCCAUACAGCUAUGACCAAGAGGCACCCGAAGGAGACGCCACUCAGGUGGAACCUCCGACAAAACACAGGAACUCUGCAGCCCAUACAGAAGAAGACAGCAUUGGCCAAGAACAGAGGGAGGAUUAUGAGUACCGCACAAUCAGCGUUACUUCCCCACCAUUGACUCAACCUGUUACACAUGCUGAAGAAGCUGCUGUAGCAGUCAACACACACACUCCUAUUCCCCACCCUGAACUUAACAGUGCAACGGAACAAGAAGAGGAGAAGAGAGAUCCAAGCACCACAAUGGCACCCACAGUGCAGGUUCUGAGUGACAAAGUAACUGUGACUAGCAGUGCUCCUGAGGAGCAAACAACUGCUACGACAGAGAUGCCCACACAAGCUGUAGAAUCAGAGAGAAAAUCAAAGGGGAAACAAGGGGAGAGAGGGAGACAUGAACAAGAAGGAUAUGCUCGCCCUAAACCAAGAAAACACAUGAGAAAAGAUUAUAAAGAGCAGGGGGGCGGUAUAUCUCCAGCUCUGAAAGAGACAAAUGUAACCGUGUCACAUGGUCACAGACCUUCCCAUGAAAAGCAUGGAGGAAAUACUUUCCCCAAGGUCAAAUUUAGUCCCACAACAUCCCUUCCCAUUGCUCUGAAAGAAGACAGUAGUCAGGCAUCCCAAAAGCAGUCCCAGACGCUUUAUCGUUACCAACCUGAAGAAGAUGGAGACCCCAAUUCUAUUCAUGCUGCUUCCAGGUUACCAGAAGGUUCCACAAAGGACUUAAUUGAAACUUGCUGUGCAGCUGGACAACAGUGGGCUAUAGACAACGGGGAGUGCACAGAAAUCCCAGUCAGUGGGACUGAUGGUGAUAUUUGCAGAAUUGCUCAGCAGCAGUGUUGUGUCUCAUACUUAAAAGAAAACAGCUGUGUUGCUGGCAUGAUCGCAGCCAAGGAAGGAGAUCUGUGUGGACCCGAUGAAAGCGAUACAUGUGGAAGAUCUUUUUAUAAGCAAUGUUGUGAUUGCUGCACUCUGGGACUGAGAGUAAAAAGUGAAGGGCAAACCUGUGAGUCCAACCCAAAUCUCGGCUAUCCCUGCAACCACGUGAUGCUAUCCUGCUGUGAAGGAGAAGAUCAUCUUAUUCCUCCAGAAAUAAAAAGGCAUCCCGAACCUCUGCCAACAGUGACACCUGAGAGAAUUUCAGAAAUUGAGGAUCACAAUGAAGCCUUGUCCAUCGGUAAUGAAGCUGAACUGUCUAACAACUUACCUGGAGAUGACCUGGAUGAGUGCCUUGUCUAUCCUGGAGAGCUCUGUCAGCACUUGUGCAUCAACACAGUGGGAUCUUACAAGUGUUCAUGUUUCCCAAGAUUUACUCUGCAAGAUGAUGGGCUCAGCUGUAAUCCAGAUAUUGAUGAUGGCCAAAAGACUGACUUAGGAGUGGAAGCCACCAUUGCUCCAGAAGCCUCUAAUAUUCAGCCUACCACUAUUAAGACUUCACAAGUAGAGCAAAAUAAGUGCAAAGAUAAUGGCCCCUGCAAGCACAUCUGUAAUAUUGAGGAAGGAAAUGCUGUAUGCUCUUGUUUAACUGGAUAUGCUCUCAUGGCUGAUGGCAUUUCCUGUGAAGAUAUUAAUGAAUGCGUCACAGAAGGGCACACCUGUAAGCGAGGAGAACACUGUAUUAACACAGUUGGAUCAUUUACGUGUCUCCAAGAACUCAACUGUCAGCCAGGCUAUGAAUUUAAGGAUGGCGAAUGUGUUGACAUUGAUGAAUGUGUGAGAGGAACUCAUAGUUGUCAAGUAAACUUUGUAUGUCAGAAUACAAAGGGAUCAUUCUAUUGUGAAUCAAAGCAGCGAUGCAUGGAAGGAUUUUUACAAGACCCGGAGGGCAAUUGUGUCGAUAUUAAUGAAUGCACUUCACUUCCUGAGCCAUGCAAGCCUGGAUUCAACUGUAUCAAUACUGUUGGAUCAUACACUUGUCAGAGAAACCUGUUAAUGUGCAGCAGAGGCUAUCAUUCCAGCGAGGAUGGAUCUCGAUGUAUCGAUGUUGAUGAAUGUCAGACAGGCAUACAUCGCUGUGGAGAGGGACAGAUUUGUCAUAAUCUGCCUGGAGCUUAUCGCUGUGACUGCAAGAUGGGCUAUCAGUAUGAUGCAUUCAACAGAGCCUGCAUUGAUAUAAAUGAGUGCUGGAAUUACCCAGGACGGCUGUGUCAGCACACCUGUGAGAACACUCCUGGGUCCUACCGUUGCUCUUGUUCAUCUGGAUUCCGCUUGGCCUAUGAUGGGAAGCACUGUGAAGAUGUGAAUGAAUGUGACAGCACUCCAUGCAGUCAAGAGUGUGCCAAUGUCUAUGGUUCCUAUCAGUGUUACUGCAGGCAAGGGUACCAGCUAGCAGAAGACGGCCAUUCUUGUAAAGAUAUUGAUGAGUGCACACAAAGUGCGGGUAUUCUUUGCACUUUCCGCUGUGUGAAUGUUCCUGGUAGUUACCAAUGUGCUUGUCCUGAGCAGGGAUAUACUAUGGCAGCAAAUGGAAGAACGUGUCGAG